AUGCCCCUGCAGGUGCGGCGGAGCAGCGACCCCGCCCUCGCCGUCCUCAGCGCCUCCUUCCGUGACUCCCGGCCUGUGCGGGGCGAGCCAUCCCGUCAGCAGCCCGCGCGCUGGUCCACCACGGUCGGCUUCCUCAAGCCGCGCACGUCUCCCGGGGCGGCCGACAGCCUGGACUGCAGGGGCCGUACCCUGGAAACUUACCGCAGCCUGCCCCGGGAUGCUGGCUCCUGGGUGCCCCCGAGGGCCUUCCAGAGGGACGACACCCGCUCGUCCGUCAGCACCAGCCAAGCCGUGGUGGACCCCUGGGUGGAGCGCAAGGAGCAGGAUGAGAAUGCGAGGGAGGGAGAGAAUGGCCGAAUCGAGCCUUUGGGUCGUGCUGAUUCUGGUCUGGAUCACGUGCCGGUUCAGUCCCUUGAUGAGAUUGUAAAGCUGGUGGAGGUAUCCAAUGACGGCGGCCCUCUGGGGAUCCACGUGGUGCCUUUCAGUGUGCGCGAGCGCAGGACCCUGGGACUCUUAGUGAAGCGCCUGGAACGAGGAGGCAAAGCUGAGGAACAGAGUCUGUUCCAGGAGAACGACUGUAUCGUACGGAUUAAUAACGGAGACCUGCGCAACGUUCGAUUCGAACAAGCCCAGCAGAUGUUCCGGCUGGCGCUGCGGACCCCUGUCAUCCUUUUCCACGUGGUCCCUGCAGCACGCAAGCCCCAGUACGAGUGGCUCUCUCAGAGCGAUAGGAGUCCCGCCUGCUCCCCGGGUCCAUUCUCCAGCGGUUCCUGGGCCGGCGAGAGAAGCAGCCUGGUGGGGAGACCCGACCGCGCCCCCCACAGGAUGUCUCAGGCCGGCCCACGGACCCAGCCUCCAGCCAACAUGCAGCAGGAGAAGGUCAGCUUCUGCUCCACGCUGCCGCACGCCGCCGGUCCCGCGGGGAAGCCCCCCCUGGGCCCGCCGCUGUCCCCUCAGCGCCCGAGAAGCACCACGCCCUCAACAGGCCAACCGACAGCAGCGGGCUCCACCCCCAACAUGGGAUAUGCCAAGAAGGUUGGCCGGAGACUUGACAUCCACCUCAAGAAAGGACCAGAGGGACUUGGCUUCAGCAUUACAUCUCGGGACGUCCCCCUUGCAGGUUCUGCACCCAUCUACGUGAAGAACAUCCUCCCCCGAGGGGCUGCAAUCCAAGAUGGCCGACUGAAGGCGGGAGACCGCCUGCUGGAGGUGAAUGGCGUGGACGUGAAUGGAAGGACUCAGGAGCAGGUUGUGGGUCUUCUGCGGGCCACGCCUCUGGGGGGCUCCGUCACCCUGGCAGUUCAGCGACAGGAGCUAGAAGAUGCUGUACAACCACGGGAAGGGAACACCCAGCCUCGGAUGCAGAGUCCCAGAGAUUUGAAAUCGGAGGAUGACGACCUGGUUCUGACACCUGACGGAACCCGGGAGUUCCACACCUUCGAGAUCCCGCUCAAUGACUCGGGUUCUGCUGGGCUGGGGGUCAGCGUGAAGGGCAACAGGUCCAAGGAGAACCACGCCGAUCUGGGCAUCUUCGUCAAGUCCAUCAUCCAUGGCGGAGCGGCGUGCAAGGAUGGGAGGCUUAGAGUCAACGACCAGUUAAUCGCGGUGAACGGGGAGUCGUUGCUGGGCAAGACGAACCAGGAUGCCAUGGAAACGCUCCGCAAGUCUAUGUCCACCGAGGGCAACAAGCGUGGCAUGAUCCAGCUCAUCGUUGCCAGGAGGGUCGCCAAGCGGAAUGAGACUGACUCCCACUCCUUCCGCUCUCUCUCUCCCCACUCAGGUAACUACCAGCUGUCUCCCACCGUGAACAUGCCCCAGGACGACACCAUCAUCAUCGAAGAUGACAGGCCCCCCGCGUUGCCCGCCCCUCAGCUCUCCGACCACUCGUCCUCCAGCUCUCACGACGACACGGCCUUUGCCGCCGAGUCCCCCACCUUCUGGACCAAAGAGAUUCACAUGCAAGCCGAACGCCUAGAGCAGGACCUGGAGCAGGAGCUCGACCCCGAUGAUGCCUUUCAGAGGGAGGGCUUCGGCCGGCAGAGUAUGUCGGAGAAGCGGACGAAGCAGUACGGAGACGCUACCCAGAUGGAGGUUAUCAAGGCACGCAAGUCCAAGAGCAUGGAUCUAGGGUCCUCGACACCAGACGUGGGACCUUCCCUAGGCCUCAAGAAGUCCAGCUCUUUGGAGAGCCUGCAGACUGCUGUCGCCGGGGCAACCCUGAACGGGGACCUCCCCUUCCGGAGGCCACGCCCACGGAUAAUAAGGGGGCGGGGCUGUAACGAGAGCUUCCGGGCUGCCAUCGACAAGUCCUACGAUAAGAUGCCCCCUGAAGAGGACGACGAGGGCAUGGAGACUCUGGAGGAUGACACCGAGGAGAGCUCCCGCUCGGGCCGAGAAUCCGUGUCCACCGUCGCCGAACUCACCCCUCCGCCUGGGGGGGUGGCCCCCAUGGAGAGACAGGUCAACGGCAGCCAGCGGCUCAAGGAGGACAAGAAGAAGGAGAAGGGUGCCAAAGAGAAGAAGAAGACCGAGAAGGGCAAGACGAAGAUGGGCGUGCUGAAGGGUCUGGGGGACAUGUUCAGAUUCGGCAAGAACCGGAAGGACGAGAAGCCAGGAGACAGAUCGGAACGCCAGGGGGCCCAACCGGCAUCGGACGAGGAGAUGCUGCGGAUGAAGCAAGAACAGGAGAGAAUCCAAGCGAAAACCAGGGAGAUCCGGGAGAAGCAGGCCCGGGAGAGAGAUUACAGUGAGAUCCUGGAGGCCGGCCGGGCGUUCGGGUCCGAGGAGGAGCACGGAGCGAGUGUGGGCCUCGGAACCCUGGAGCGCUCGCCGGAGGCCGGCCUGCGGCGGCUCCAGGCCCCGAAGGAGGACCUGCAGCCACUGGAGGCGCUAUACACACACGUCACUCUGUCGCGCAACGGUCGACCUCCCUCUGCUGAAAGCAACCGGCUGGCUCCUAGCAACCAUGAUCGGAUACGGAGGCUGCGGCACGAGUUCCAGCAGGCCAAGCAGGACGACGACGACGACGAGCGCAGACGCACCUACAGCCUCGAGCAGCCCUGGGGCGGUACGGGAUCGUAUGCCCCGACGGGACGCCACUCGGUCUCCGUGGAGCUUCAGCUGCAGAGACAGAGGCAGGACGAGAGGGAGGCGUUCGCACAGACUCAGAGGAAGUACAGCUCUCUGCCACGGCAACCCCGCAAGAACCCCAGCACGGUGUCCCAGGACUCUUGGGAUAAGGUAUACCCUCCAGGCGAGGGCUUCCACACUGCCAAGUCGGACCCGCGCUACGCCAGCUACCAGGGCCCCCGGAACGGCCUCCCGGGGGCCGGCGGGGCCACACUGAUGGGUGGGGGGGGCUUCAACGCACGCGUGCUGCUGGAGGCGCAGGAGCUGCUGAGGCAGGAGCAGCGGCGCCGCGAGCAGGAGGCCAAGACCAAGACUCUCCCCCAGCAGAGCUACGAAUCCUACACCCCCCAGGAGGACCCGGCCUCUCCUCCCAAAGGGCCCUACAGACACGACGUGCCCCCCUCCCCAUCCCAGCUCGCCAGGCUCAACAGGCUGCAGGGGCCAGAGAGAGGCCACCCCUUCUAUUCCUGAGGGAGGGGGUCACGGGGGCAGGAGCGCUGACUGGGGCGGCAGAUGGUCACUGAACACAUCUGAACAUAACAGAACAGGAUGUCAUCCGUAUGUGUCGAAGCCACCCGGUCGUGGGUUGCCAGACGUUACACAUUAUUCCCCCCAGUACAUUAUUCAGUCCCGGGCUAACCGACCCCCGAUUGGCCAGCAUGGUCACGUGUGUGGUACCAGGAUCUCCUCUGUAUCUCCAGCCCUGUGAGGGACCACCCCCUUCCUAACCCACGUCUGUCCCCGCAGUCUUCCAGUCCCCCAGCGUCUGACACUGUUUUAUUUAUUUUUUUCAUAGUUUUAUUCAGUAUGAGGUUGGUUAGUAGCCAUCUUGUUCCCGGCGACCCUCUGCGAACGUCUUAGUGGUGGCAGUGGGCGUCAGAGCGGGGCGUUAUGUUGCUGUCCCGUUCAAACCAUGGCCUUCACACACACACACACACACACACACACACGUUCUCCUCCCCUCCUCUGGCUCACGCCCCGGGGUCUGACCGUGCUGUAUGCAGCCCGAGCAGGAGGCUGCCUUGCCAUGUGACCUUGCAUAGCGUCUGUGAAGCGCCGGCGAUCGGGUUGCGGUCGCGACUGUCACCGGUGAAACGGGGCAGUUGACAGAUCCGGUUCGUCGGGCUAAAUGGAGCCGUUGAUCCUACUCUGGUCCUCUGGUGUCUGCGGCGAGGUGCUGGCUGACCUUGUCGGUAGAGCAGGAAGAAGUAAGACUUUGCCAAGACUUUGCGGGGACUCGGCGUCAUAAAUACCAGUCUGGGUCGGGUUGCCUCACUCCCUCUGGGCAACAGCGUGUUUGGAAUCGCCCCCCCCAACCUGCUGUCAUUUGCCGCACACUGGACCGUCACUGGACCGUCACCUCACUAAGUGCCUGAGACCCCCAGCCGGAGGAAUCCUGGCCACGUCAGUCCAUCGCUGCCCUGCUGGGGGUCCGAUUCUCACACCCUCCCCACCGCAUCCUUGGACUCGGCUGGGAUAUCCUCUUUCCAUCGCCCCCUGUUCCACGCCUUUUUCAGAGAAGAAGAUACUGAAUUUCGUGCGAGUUAUUGGUGUAUUUUUAUCCUCGUUUGUCAUCGCUUUUAUAAUAUUUACUAUGGUGUUAAAUACAUGAUUGAUGCAAGCACAGUGCAAUCGGUUUAUCGGACUUUUACAUUAUCUAUUUUAAACUUUACAUCGCUGCCUUUCCUGUACAUAUCAAAUUUAGAAAUAAAGGAAGGCCCUUUUGUCUUGUUUACAAGUA